AUGUUUGUUGUUUGUCGUUAUGUCCUUCACGCAGGAAAAGCAAGAUGUGACGUAAAGAACACUAUAUUAUUUGUUGCAUUCGAUUUUGAAGAAUGGACUGAUGAGUGCAAUGACAUAGCGUGUGGUAGCAAUCGGUAUGUGAAAAACAUCACCAGUUACCUUAGCAAAUCAGGGGGCACAAUCAGUGGUGCCAUUAUAUUAGAAACAGUGCUCAAUCAUAAUUCUUCAGCAGGUAUGUGCUCUAAGUUGUUAGAAAAUAAUACGAUACCAAUUUUUUAUCGCCUCAUUUAUUCAAAGAAUCGUUCAAACAAAUUUAUGUCACACUUCGCAUAUUUGCGGGGCUCAGAUUUGACUACCGCUACCCCUCACAAGCUUAACGCGCAAUUGAUUGGUUAAUACCGUUAAUUAGAUAGAAUAAAUGCGUGUAUGUUUAUGUGCCUGUUUUUAUGCAACAAAACCAUUUGAAAAACUCUAUACCGGCGUACGCACCUUGUGUGCUCAAGAGAAAAUACUUAGAAUACAUUAGUUGAAUACCAUGCAUGGUUAAACAUCUCAUGCAUGAUCAAGGUUGUUAUGCAGCCAUGUUUUCAAGUAUACUGUACUUUAAAAGCAAAUUUACUGUACUGUGAAACACAGAUAUUUAACUCAUUAUGCAAAGUGUGAUGUAAGUGUGUUUGCAUAUCGAGAAAACUCGAAAAAACUUAUCUCACGCACUGGGAAGAAGCGUAAACGAAACUAUGUUAAAGAAGUUUCUAGUUACAGUCAGUUAGACUGCGUCUUUCAAAUGGUACAAUAAAAAAUUGCGUCAUGCCGUUUUAUAUUUGAGAUUUUUGCUCCACAUCCUGAGAGUCCUCGACCUUAAUCCUCGUCCUUAAUCCACCAUUAAUCCACCCUUAAUCCACUUAGGGUGGCUCGAUAUAGGUAUCAAACACUGCUGAAGAAUCGCGAACGAAACCGGAUGACUAUUUUUACGCGCAGGUCGCGGAAAUUGAUUAACAAAAUGAAAGAACUUCCAAAAUGACUUGACGAGUUAAUUGACGUGCGCAGUUGCUCGCCAUCUUACGUUAUUGCGCGUGUUCUAUAGCAUUUUAUGUCAAUUGCUGACGUCAUUAGAAUUUUCCAUUUUAGAAAAACAAUGCGCUAUAUCUCUCUAUUUUGUCUGGUGAGCAAUGUUUAAAUUUUACAUGGUGUGUUGCACCGCUACAAUCUUUCAUUAUACAAAAAAUAAAAAAUUCUGUAAUGUCAAAAACAUUUUACCGAAGAAUACGACAUUUUCGCAUUUUCAAAAAAAAUGCCAAUGCCCAUUACAAAUUUUUUUAUAUUUUGCUAAUAAAAUAAUGCACGAAAAGAUUUGGGGUCACCAUGUUUCUUUAGUAGCUAUACGAGGCGACAGACCAUUUAGGAGUGAAUUUCGUACAUGUACGUCGUCAUAGCAACGUCAACGAACUAUCUGUUAAUUACUACUGUAAAACUAAUAUAAUCAGUUGAAAGUAAAGAUAUCAAAAUAUAUAAAAAAAAACCCCUAGCAAUAUCUGCUGAAUAAAUCCUAGAAAUGCGUAGUUUGAACAUGUACAUGUCAAAGUGUUGAACACCUGAAUUUUUGAAAACUGCGUCGAGCCACCUUAACUCAAUGUCUCAAUCCUUAAAUAUCAGGCUGCAUUGGAAAUGAUACAAUGGAUAUCGAAAACACUGUAGUUCACACUAGCAAUUUUAUCGACAGUUCUCUCUUUUUAUCGAUUGCAAAGGAUUAAAUGGCAUAUACUAACCUAUGAUAAUGUCACCACGGUGGUGCCCAUGCAGCUUCUUCCGCAGGCAACUUUUCUAUAGUGGGAAUAAAAAUUUUGCCCCCCCCCCCCCACAGAGCUCCCAUUUCCAAAGGUUGCCUGCGGAGGAGGUUAAGCAAUACUACGUUCCUGUGUCAGGAGAAGAAAAAGCACUUAUGAAAUUAACAGCUAGUGUGAAAAGACUAAUGACAAAUAUCCCAUGAAAUAUUUCUUGAGUAAUAUGUAGCUAUAUUUAUAGCCAAUUAUAUUCUUAUAGGUUCUCCCCAUUUUUCCCUUCAGCAAGGCUAUAGACAAAAGGAAUGGAUAUUUUCUUUCAUUUUCACUAGAGUCUGAGAAAUUACCACAUGGUUUUGACAAGCUUUUACCUGACGUUUAUAACGAAGUGAAGAAUGACUCUAUGCGAGGAAAUUUUCUGGCAGUAACUGGAAGGAAAGAGUCGGAUAGAAAACUUCUUUCUUUAAUGGCAAAGCAUUUUCAGAAAGGUAUAUAUAAUUACUGUAAAUGUAUGGCCAUGAUUAGGUGAUGCAAAUUAAGGCUGUACAGAAUUAGUUGUUUCCAAAGGUAUUCUUCAUGAAGUUUCCAAACGCUGAAUAUAUUCUAUAUUUAUUAUGUGAACUACCUUCGAUAUAUACCACAAGGUUUUUGUUAUACCUCACUGGUAUCUCAAUGACUAAUCAACCGACUAAAUUACGCGGUACCGAUUUUGAAUACAGCGAAUUGUGACAGCAAGAGUCGCGCGUACCUAUACGUAGCAUGCAUGCAUGCAUAGUAUAGUACGUGCAUGAAAACAAAUUGACGUAUUUCCAGUACGUGUAUGUAAGUACGCGAAUUAUCGCGUAUAGACAUACACUGUGUCCCAAAAAUGGAUUCACUGUACAUUUUGUAGUAUUUACUAUACGUGAGUUUUAAAUUUCAGCCGUUUAAUAACUUUACAUAUUAAUCCGUUGUUAUUUCACUGAUCAAAAUAACCAACCGUUUACCUUCUAGAAUUACUUAUAUGUUAUACAGGCGGUAUAAAAAAACUGAACAGAUUUGAAAUUGCUCUCAAUUUCGCAAAACAGCUCGUGGUAUCACGUGUUUGUUACACUUACAUAUAGAUUCCUUGAGAACCCGUAGUGUAGAAUAAUGAAAAAAUUACUCGAACUCAAAUUGUGUAAACCACAGGGUGUUUCUUUUCCAACAAACUAAAAAUGGUUUAAUCUAUUUUGGGUUACUGGAUGGAAUUACUGUACAAAGUUCAGACAAUUUGCUUUAGUUUAAGCUCUUUAACUAUCUAUUUCCCCCUAAAAAAUCAGCCUUUCGCACAGGUUGCCUUUCGCAAGCUUAAUUAAUGCCUUUGCCUAAUUUGCAUAUUGCUGACAUAUGCAAAUUAGGCAAAGGCAUUAAUUAAGAAUGCAAAAGGUUGAUUUUGUAGGGGAAAAUGUUUGCGUGAAUAGUUAAAGCUUAGCCUUAAACUGAAAAAUUGUAUGGAUUUUCGUGCAGCUAUUAAACACUCAACACAUUUUUCACCCAUUAACUCAAAAUACGAUUAAAGCUUUUAAAUUUCGUGCGCAAGCCAUUUUUAGUUUGUUGGAAAAGACACCACCCCCCUUGGUUUACAACAUUUGAGUUUUUUUUAUCAGAUAUACAACAAGUUUACAACAUUUGAGUUUUUUUAUCAGUUUUUUUAUCAGAUAUAUAUAUAUAUAUAUAUAUAUAUAUAUAUAUAUAUAUAUAUAUAUAUAUAUAUAUAUAUAUAUAUAUAUAUAUAUAUAUAUAUAUAUAUAUAUAUAUAUAUAUCAAAAACUGGGUACUAUAAUAGCUGUUUUGCGAAAUUGAGCUAGAGCAAUUUCAAAUCUGCAUGUUCAGUUUUUUUUUCAUACACCCUGUAUAUAUCGACUUUUGUAGACUACGUACGCCGGAAAUUAGCUUUGCAGUAUUAAAAUCCAUUUAGGAGGGAUUUUUAAAGGGAUUAAUGUCUUCUUAUCUUUUCUAAAACUGAUGAAUUGUUCUCUCUCUUUCUAUCAUCAAGAUUUCGUUGUUGUUAGAAUUAGUAAAAAUAAGGCAGAACGAACCCUCUUAUUUUGUUCACUAAAAUAUACUAAUAUACUAGAUUGACAUAGUUAUUGAAUCUAGUAUAAAAACCUGAAUGAGAAUCACUUACGUGAAAUCUUGUAAUGUAGCUAACACAAAGUAUAGUAGGACUAUUUUUUCGGGACACAGUGUAUGUAGGGUUGUGCUCUCGUUGCUAACUUGCAAGUUUUCAAGUAACUUGUCACCCAGGCACUUAAUAGUUGUUCAUGAUUUACCUAUAGCAUACAGUAUUCUUCCUGCAAUAUCAGGAUUCCAGACGUUUCACCGUAACACUCCUGUUGACUCCUAUAUAUCAUUUCUACAGAUUCAGAUUAUCGUACGCAGUUAAUAGAGGUUCCUAUCAAUGGACAACCAAGUUUAAAUCCGGGUUACAAAUACUUUGAUGAUCUGUAUCGCAGUGAUCACUACUCAUUCUGGGAAGCAAAUGCUUCGUACAGUGCCCUGAUGUUGACAGAUACAGCAGACUUCAGAGGUUACAUGCAGCGCUGUUAUCACAAAGAAUGUGAUAAUCUCAGUCUUGUUAAGGAAGAUGAUCUGGAGUUCUUGCGAAGAUCAAUAAAUGCUGUCAUCAAAACCGUUCUAGAUCUCAGCGAAGUAGGUAAGUUGAAGGAUGAGUAAACUGCUCAAUAAUUUGUCAAUAUUAACGGCCACAAACUUUCACUUUGAUGAUAAAAGCGCUCGGCAUAAGUUAAAAUGCAUCAAUACUCGCUAUAUCCAAUGCAACAUGAUCGCUCAUGUUGUAUUGUUGUGUCUUGCUGUAUUUUGCAAACCUGGUUUAAAAGCUGUUUUAGUUUUAAUUUUUGAUGGUGAAAGUCGGAAUUAUUCAAUUAAUUCACUAUAUCUAUUAAUGUUGGUAGAUGAACGCCCCCUACCACCACCAUAGAUCUAAAGGGAUGCCACCGACGCACGCUGAUUGGCCGAGUCUGGCGAGGGUGACUCACACAUGACUCACGCAUCACUGUAUCGAAGAGAGAUACCACCGCGCGGUGAUUGGCGGAACCUGAAGAAAGGUCUGACUCACGCAUGACUACGCAGAGGCUCGCGCAUUGCAAACGUGAAAUAGGAUAAUACUAUAGAGCAAAACCGCGUCGGAUUACAUAAACACACAAACCUUAACUUCUGAGAAUAUUUUAUUUCGUUUUAAAUGUAUACAUAAAUUUAGUAAGGUUUUUUUAAUAUUCCUGUAAGGUAAUAUCGUGACAAUAUUUUUAAUAUUUGCUUGGGCUCGUCUCAUGAUGUCAGAUUUCUCUAUCCUCUCUAAGUCGCCGUCUUAACUUCAUGACUAGCAUCGUCUAUUUUCCCAUACGCCCAUCGUCUGAACUGACUCUCUUCUACGAUGACAUCAUCUGAUUCAUCCUCUGAAUUCUCUUCCAUAUCAGUGCCACCAGACCAGUGCACCAGUAUCGCACAUGUUGUUGCUCCAAUUGCCCAUCAUCUGAGUCACUGUCUUGGACGAAUCAGAUGAUGUAAUUGUAAAAGAGAUCGAUUCAGUUGAUGUGUAUCGGGGCAGCCAGACGAUUUCGGUCAUGAAGACGACGAUUUAGAGAUUAGAUAAAUCCCACAUGCAGACGAGCCCAAGCAAAUAUUAAAAUAAUUGUCACAAAUUACCUUACAAAACCUUACUAAUUAUAUGUAUACGUUUAAAACGUAAUUGAAACUAUUCUAACAAGUUAAUUAUCUGUGUGUUUAUGUAAUCCGCGGCUUCGCUACAUAGUAUUAUUUUCAGUUUCACGGCGUUUGCAAUGCGUGAGCCUGCGUGAGACAUGCGUGAGUGACACCGUUUGCUGUGCGCGAGUCACAGUGUUUCGGCAGACUCGGCGAAUCAGCGCGCGGCGACACCCUUUGAUGCGCUAUAAUGCUGGAGGGGAAGGGUGGGGGGAGUGUCAUCAACUAAAAAAUGUUUCAGAUUAGAAUAAAUUCCUGUAUCCACGUUGUACAUUUUAGCAAUUUAGCCAUUGUCUAACGUUUUCGUUAAAAUAUAAAACGACUAUUUUGCUAUUUCUAAAGGUUUCUAUUUCUAUUUUACUAUAACCUAUAGCUAGGCUUAGCACAGAAUAUUUGGCAUGUAGGAUCACACCUGACACCUGUCAUGCUAGCCCCCUUAGUGGUGUUACAUGUAAAAGCUGGGAACUAAGGUUGGGUUUUGCUUAAAUUUUCAACUAAAAUCAUUCUUCAUUUCUUGAUAAGAUUCCUGCAAGCCAGUUGAUGUCAACUUUGGUGGUAUGAGUGUCACAUUCAAUUUGUUUGUGAUGUUGGCGAUGCUACUUGGAACAUUUCUGUUCUAAUUCCACGAGAGGAUCAACAUUUUUCAAACUUUUUUCACUUUAAAUUUUAAGACAAAUAUAUGUCAUUUUUGUUGGUGUUUCUUAGCAAGCUAUAGUAAUAAAAAGCACUCGUAUUAUAUUGAUACAUAUAAUUUAUUUAGUGGAGACAGUGAAAUAUUAUAGAAGUGACACUCAAUAAAACGGAUUGGUUAAGGUGAUUCAUCAGUUUUGCAUUGCGCACUUUUACUGUGCAUAGUUAAUAACAAAUUCUAGCUAAUACAUGUAGUAGAACUGCAAUGUGAAGUGAUAAAGAAAGAAUAAGGGCAAAGAGAAAAUUUUUUUGCAUUGAUUAGGCGUGCUUCAAAAGAUAUAUACCUUGCAAAAGACAGAACUCGAUAAUUUUGCAUGUUUAACCCUUGUAUCUCUUUAAGAAUGUCCAUG